UUACGAUUGCCACAAAGGAUCGAGAAAAUGAAAAUAAACAACACCUUCAUGUUAAAGGAAUGCACAAAAGGAGCUACCACAGGAAUAUUCUUCUAUACUUUUCGCCUCCUAGUGGAGAAAAUCCUUCUCAGCUUCGACUCUAUUCUGAUUGCGAUUUCCAGGGUCAAAUGACCCUUCCCUUGUCUUUGUUUGAAGUGGUCCAGCGAGAGAAUGGGAAAAAUAUAAAAGUAGAAUACGACAAGAAAGUUGACGUGUCCGUUUAUAAUAAUGUUACUCUUCAGAGGGCGCUAGAAGAAGCUGACUGCCUGGUGUCGAAAAUGCAAAGUAUUCAACCAUUACAAAGAGAUCUAUCUCAACGGAAAGGAUCUCCAGCUGUUGGUGAGAGCACUGAUGGAGCUGACAACUUCCAUGAAAGAGAUGCGCCAACAUAUGGACAUUCAGACACGAGAGACCAAGCUUCUUCGUGACACAUUACAGAGGUGUGAGAUGUGCAGAAUAACACCACCAAAAAUUACCUGUCAGGAUAAUCCGUGUUUUCCUGACGUCCAGUGCAGAGAUACAUCAAAUGGUUUCCAGUGUGGUUCUUGCCCUCGUGGCUACAAAGGGAAUGGAGUGAAGUGUGUUCCAUUGGUUACAUGUAAUGACAGACCUUGCUUCCGAGGAGUGAGAUGCCAUGAGCGGGAAGAUGGUGGAUACCAGUGUGGAUCCUGUCCACCAGGUUAUACUGGUAAUGGAAUAAACUGUCGACCCUAUGAUCGUUGCGGUGAUGAACCCUGUUGGCGUGGGGUCCAAUGUUUUAACACGGACAGUCCACCAGGCUACAGAUGUGGACCUUGUCCUACUGGGUUUACUGGUAACGGCACCACAUGUGAGGAUAUAGAUGAGUGUGAUCUAGCAGGCCCUUGCCAUCCUGCAGCAUCGUGCAAAAACACAUCUCCAGGCUUUAGAUGUGGUCCAUGUCCCCAGGGUUACACAGGUCGGCGAGUGGAAGGAAUGGGGUUAGAAUACGCCCAGAACGUCCGACAGCUGUGUUUAGACGUCAAUGAAUGUGAUGAUGGGAACAACGGCGGCUGUGUGGAUAAUUCACAGUGUAUCAACACCGAGGGUUCUUUUACUUGUGGAGAGUGUAUCGAGGGAUUUGUUGGGAAUCAAACCAUUGGUUGCAGCCCCAACCCAGGGACUUGUCCUGACGGUACUGUCUGUGAUGGAAAUGCAGACUGUGAACUAUUGAGGGGUAAAACAACUUAUCGGUGUAAGGACAACUGUCCAAAUAUACCAAAUAGUGGACAAGAAGAUGCUGAUGGUGACAAAAUCGGAGACGCUUGUGAUGAAGACGCAGAUGGGGAUGGUAUCGUCAAUGAUCCAGUAUGUCGCUUUAUUGAUGCCGAUAAGGAUUUGGUGGGAGACCAUUGUGACAAUAACGUUGAUAGGGACCACGAUGGGAUUCAAGACAACAAGGACAAUUGCCCAGACUACCCUAAUAGUGAUCAACUAGAUACAGACGAAGAUGGAAAAGGUGACGCAUGUGAUUUUGACAAAGACAACGAUGGAAUUUCGGACAGCGAGGACAACUGUGCUCUAGUGUAUAAUCCAGACCAACGUGAUACUAACGGGACUGGGGUGGGUGACGCUUGUCGUGGAGAUUAUGACGGAGAUAACGUACCGGAUCAUCUGGACGUGUGUCCAGACAACAGGAAGGUGUAUGCUACUGACUUUCGGGCCUACCAAACAGUUGUCUUAGAUCCGGAGGGGGAUUCUCAGAUUGAUCCCCACUGGGUGAUUUACAACCAAGGAGCCGAGAUCGUCCAGACUAUGAAUAGUGAUCCAGGACUAGCAGUCGGUUUUCAGGCUUUCGGAGGAGUGGAUUUUGAGGGGACUUUCUUUGUGGAUACCGAAAUUGAUGAUGAUUAUGUUGGUUUUAUUUUCAGUUACCAAGACAACGCUCACUUCUACACAGUAAUGUGGAAGAAAAACUCCCAAACUUACUGGCAGGCUACACCUUUUCGGGCCGUUGCAGAGCCAGGUGUCCAGUUGAAAGUAGUGAAGUCUGAUACAGGACCAGGUGAGAUGAUGCGAAACUCUUUGUGGCACACAGGUGACACAAGAAAUGAGGUUCGCCUCCUUUGGAAAGACCCUAGAAAUGUUGGCUGGAAGGAAAAGACGGCCUACAGAUGGUUAUUGCUUCACAGACCCAAAAUUGGAUUAAUCAGGUUACGUAUUUUUGAAGGAGCGAGCAUGGUAGCCGAUUCAGGAAACGUAUUUGACAAUACUCUUAAAGGUGGACGUCUCGGAGUAUUUUGUUUCUCCCAGGAAGCUCUUAUUUGGUCGGAUCUGGUUUACAGAUGUAACGGUAAGUUAUAG